CCUGCAGGAGUGAGGGAGCAGGGACUGGGUCCGCUGACUAAUUACCAACACAGACCCCAGAACAAGUUCGGCGGGUUUGAUUCCUCCGUAUUAGGCUACGGUGCAGCCAGUGCCGCAGCGGGGAGAUAAUCAGGCGGAGGGAGACAGAGGGAGAGAGAGGGAAGGAGGGAAGGAAGGGGCUGGAUCCAGUCACUCAUCCACUGGAGCCUUCACAGCUGCGGCGGCGGACACAUAUGGGAAUACAACGAAGGCGAGAGGGUGCUCGCACCUGAUUGUGGAGGAAAAUCCAGGGACUUUGUCUGAUCCAGCAGAGAGAAACACUGAUAGAAAGAAAGAGGAAGAGCGGCAGCUCCAAAACCAUCCGGGAGCCGAUUUGGAAUCAGAGGUGACAACUAAUCUACAUCAGAGCCCGAAAGCUAAAAAGGAAAAAGAAAGAAAAGAAAAACGCAGAAGAAAGGGAAAGAGCUGCUGGUAUAGGAAGGAGAGAGCACACUCCUACACGCCGUCAUCCCUCUCAGCUUCCUGGAGUUUGCUGUGUAAACAGCAGGCUGAGAGGGCAGAGUUGGGAGCCUUAGAGAGAGUUACGUGGGGAAGAAUAGUGCAGAUGGUGUGGCAUCAUCUCCUUCCCUGUCAGCCCCACUUCAAAAAGGUGGAGGUCGCAGGAUUCCAGACCAGUGCAGCAUAUUAAAAUAUAACUCCAAAUUUUGGAAAAAAGAGACAGUCUUCAUUCUCCUAAUAAUGGCUCCUGCUUGCACUGCCAAAUCUGAUGCCCGGCUCUUCGUGCUGUUCCUUUGCCUGACUAUACACACUGGGAUUGCUGUAGCAACUAUACAAGGAUAUAUUGGAGACAUAGACAUGACUUGCCCAUCUGUAUGCAGGUGUGAUGAGGAUUUUAUCUAUUGUAAUGAUCGUGGGCUGAGCUCCAUCCCCUCCCUGCCUCCCUCUGCAUCUGUCCUCUACCUGCAGAACAACCACAUAAACAACCCAGGCCUCCCCACCUCCUUGGAGCGUCAGCUGUCUGUACGAGUUGUCUACCUCUAUGAUAAUGAGUUGGAUGAAUUUCCCAUACACCUUCCGCCAUCUGUGCGGGAGCUGCAUCUGCAGGACAACAAUAUUCGCACCAUUCCUCGUAGCACGCUGGCUCGGAUGCCCUUGUUAGAAAAGCUACACUUGGACGACAACUCUAUUUCCACUGUCUCCAUUGAAGAUCAAGCCUUUGCUGACAACCCACGGUUACGCUUGCUUUUUCUUUCACGCAAUCACCUGUCUAGUAUUCCCUCAGGACUUCCAGCUUCUUUAGAAGAACUACGUCUGGAUGAUAACCGGAUCUCUACUAUCCCUACACAUGCUUUCCGAGGACUCAACUCAUUAAGGUGUCUUGUUUUGGAUGGGAACCUUUUGGCAAACCAGCGCAUUGCAGAUGACACAUUUUCUCGCCUUUCUAACUUGACAGAGUUGUCCCUUGUGCGCAAUUCCCUCCAAACUCCACCCGUUAACCUGCCAAGUGCCCAUUUACAGCGACUCUCUCUACAAGAAAAUGCAUUGACCCACAUGACACGUGGGUCCUUGGACGGCAUGCACAGGUUGCAGAGGCUGGACUUGUCAGGGAAUAACCUAACUACACUUCCAAGGGGACUUUUCAAAGACCUUGACAGUCUUGGUCAACUUCUGGUGCGUGGGAAUCCUUGGCACUGUGGUUGCAACCUGAGAUGGCUCUAUGAUUGGCUCCGUGCCCGUGGUAACACCAUUACAGUCAGAGGCCUCACUUGCCAUGGACCAGACAGAGUCCGAGACAUGGCUUUGAUUGACCUGGGGAGUGAAAUGGAGGAAUGUGAAGUAGUAAGACUGACAGGGAAUAAAGACAAAGGCGCUGUAGGUGGAGGUGAAAGCUCUACAACCAAUGCACCACCCCAGGGUUCCCUCUUCACUCUACGCUCAAAGAGACCCGGCUUUGGGUUUCCUGACUCUGGAUUAGACUACACGCUUAGUAGUAGUGGUGUGGGGAAGAGCUUGGCUCUAAACGUAAAACCUCUUUCUCAUAACAGUAUUCGGGUGACGUGGAGUGCAGCUCAGCCAAGUUCCUCUUUUAGGUUAAGUUGGCUCCGACAAGGUACUGGAAAUGCAAUGGAAUCAAUCACAGAGACCCUUGUACGGGGGGAUCGACAAGAGUAUCUGCUGACAUCCCUGCAACCACGCUCCAGCUACAUAAUUUGCAUGGUGCCACUUCCUGUCACUUCAGAAAGUAAAGUUGCAAUGUCUGGAGACGCUGACACUGAUGAAUCUUUAGUUUGUGCAAAAGCAGAAACAUCAGACCUUAGUUCAAUUGAGGAGGAAGACAAUGAGGAAUCGCAGCAUAUUACAGUGCUACCCUUAGCAGGGAUUAUUGGCGGAGCUACAGCCACUGUGUCUCUGGCUCUAAUUUUUGGCGUUUUCUGUUGGUACGGACAUAGAACUGGACAUUUAUGUUCUCGUGACCACUACACUCGCAGUAGUUCAAGAAAAAGUAAAACAUAUGAUGAUUACAUUGAGUCUGGCACCAAGAAGGAUAAUACUAUCCUGGAGAUUCGUGGUCCAGGUUUCCAAAUGACGCCAAUGCCGGCUUGCCAGCCAAUGCAACCGAAACCCCUACGAGAGGAUUACAUCAUUCACACCAUAUUCCCCUCCAAUGGCACUGGCGUAUACAAAGGGUCCAACCAUGUUUCUAAUGCUGGACAUGGCACCAACCGUGGCUAUAGAGAAGGAGGAAUCCCAGAUAUAGACUACUGCUACACAUGAUGUAUUGUACCAGAUGCUGUUCAUAGUAUAAUUGGUAAAACUAUAUAGAUGCACAAUUUCCCUUGGCAUGGACACUUACGAAGCACCCCUUUGUGCCUUCUUCUUCUGGUCUCCCAUUCCAAAUGACCUAUUGUUCAUUACUGAGAGGACUGGAUACGAUUAACUGAACUGUGUGGGAACAAUCCACUGCAGGAGGCAGCAGCCAGUGCCCCAGGUGUAAAUGCACAGCUGCGUGUUUCUUCGCCGUCUAAGUAAUUGCCUGUGUAUGAUUCGUAUUUUGCUCUUUCCCUGUGACAUGUAAGAAUGUAUCUUUUGUGGAAAGGUCAAACUUAGCGUGGGCGAAAGUGGAGUUUCUUUCUCACUCAUGGGAGCCGCAGCAGUCAGCUCAAAAUGGAUCCAUUAAUGAUGAAAAACAGAC